AAACAAAUAUUGCAAUGUUGGCAACUUGUGAGGGGAUUCUUCACAGCAAGGAUGAGAUUCUGUUGGAAGAUUUGGUACAAAUUGUCAGCAUGACCCAGUAGUAAUGAUUGGAAUUAUUGGUGGAACUGGCCUGGAUGAUCCGGAUAUUUUAGAAGGAAGAGUAGAAAAAUAUGUUGAUACUCCUUACGGCAAGCCGUCAGAUGCUUUGAUACUGGGAAAGAUAAAAAAUGUGGAUUGUGUGCUAUUGGCAAGACAUGGAAGGCAUCAUACAAUUAUGCCAUCAAAUGUCAAUUACCGUGCCAAUAUCUGGGCACUGAAACAAGAGAAUUGUUCACAUGUUUUAGUAACUACUGCCUGUGGUUCAUUACGGGAAGAAAUUCAACCUGGAGAUCUUGUCAUGAUUGACCAAUUCAUUGACAGGACCACUAAAAGACAUUAUACAUUAUACGACGGACAGUGUUCCUCUCUUUCAGGAGUGUGCCAUAUUCCAAUGGCAGAGCCAUUCUGCACCAAAACCAGAGGGGUUCUUAUUGAGAUUGCCAAGAAGUUUGGGCUCCCAUAUCAUUCCAAGGGAACAGUGAUCACAAUUGAAGGCCCACGUUUUAGUUCUCGAGCAGAAAGCUUGAUGUUUCGCAGCUGGGGAGCUGAUGUCAUCAACAUGACCACAGUUCCUGAGGUGAUUCUUGCGAAAGAAGCUGGAUUGAGUUAUGCAAGUAUUGCUAUGGCAACAGAUUAUGACUGCUGGAAAGAGAAUGAAGAAGCGGUUUCAGUGGAUAAGGUUUUAAAGACGUUGAAAGAGAAUGCCAAUAAGGCCACUAGCAUACUCCUUACUGCUAUACCUCAGAUAGCUUCCAUGGAGUGGGCAGACACCCUGCACAUCCUGAAAACAACUGUGCAGUGUUCAGUCAUCCAGCCAAAGCAUUGACAGACAGGAUGAACUCCGAAGUUGGGGUACUCAGAAAGAAGAGUGGACCACUCUGAAACUUCUAGAGGUUGUAAUAUCUUCAAGAAACAUUAUAAGCAUGAAAGAAUGCUUUUAUGUGACUGAUAAUGAUUAACCAUGACUGAUAAUAAUGCAAAAGAAAUUUUUUGUAAGACAGUCUUUGUUAUGCCUGAUAAUGAAUAAGAAGGUUAAAGUUAGAUUUUUGAAUACAUCUUUUAGAGUGGCUUUGCUGCAUAACUGGAUCAGACAGUGAUCCAUAGCAAGUUAGAAUCUUGUUACUGGAUGAUUCAUUAAGCUAUCAUAUUUUAUCAAAGAUGUCUUUUAAUUGAUGGAUAAAAGGAAAGGCUAGGUAAUGCUCUGUUACAGUUUCAUGAAGUAUGAAGGAAGCAAAUCCACAGAUGCUUAGCUACUUUGCUAUUUCUGCCUCUAUUCUUUUCCUUCCAGAAGGAAGGUGGCUACUGUACACUUCAGAACGUAAUGUAAAAAUGAACAGGUAGUUCAGAAAUAAAGUUGUAGUAUUUUUAUAUGGUAUCUGUAUUUUUAUUUCAAUUAUUUUUUCAUUUUGAUAAGCAGUAUUUUUUUUAUUUUUGUGCAAACAAAAUUUGGUUAAUAAUUGCAGCAGUUCUUUCAUAGUUGUUGUAUAAUGAUGAAUAUUCUCAUUAAAAUUUUGUAGCUGAUAGCUAAGUCAAAUUUGUGCCUGAGGAUCUGUAUAUGUUACUAAAGAUAGUGCUGGUCCUUGAUCACUGUGCUGGCCUUUUUCUCUAAUAUUGAUCUGAAAAAUUCUAGUUUAGUUUCUGUUUUAGCUGAUGAAUGUACUUGUUCACUUGGAUUGUAUACAUUUCAUUCAUUAAUAUCGUUUGCCUUCAAUAAAGUAACCUGCUGCUUCUUGCCUAGAAAAUAAAACAAAUGAAACUUAUGCUUCUCCAAA